AUGGGAGGUACUUUCCUACUAUUGACAGUCAUCUGGCUGAGGGUUCAGGCUUGGUGGGCUGUUGGCGUUGAAACACCACCAACUAUCAGCCUUCCUCUCGACGCGACUGGGUUCUCUCCACCUGCGGUUUUCGACUCUGCCAUAUGGCUUGACCAAUUCCUCAGCUUCCUCCACGUUCCGCGUCCUGGCCUAAUCUCAGUAACCUCCCGAGGGGAUGGGAUCUCGCUGAACAUCCACAUGCCCCUGACCACCGAACUCCUCUCUCCGGUCUCCUCGCUUGACCGUGGCUCUCCGCUCCUCGAGUUCCUGCGGUUGCCUCCGCCGUCGAUCCAUCCAUCGAGAACAAUUCCUCUCAAUCUGCACGAUCAGGCGUUCGUGACAGGCAUAAUUGAGUGUGAUGCGACUUUGCUCGACACUGGUUCCGGUCAUGCACACGACUGGCAAGCUUGGUCUGGGUCUCCAUACUUAGGAUGGCUCGCCAAGUACUUGUCUGGUCACUUCCAGCUACCUUUCGCAGCGGAUCGGGCCUACAGCUCUGGGCCCUACUACUAUGAGGUGCCCGGAUCACCACUACCACUCCUGCUCGUGGUAUUGCUCUCCAUCGCUCUACUCAGAUUGUUCUAUGCCGCAUUCCUGCAAGGAGUUUCUGCCCCAGAGACUGAAUCACUGGAGGAGACGUACUCGGUGAAUCCCGUCGAGGAUGGUUUCAUCAGAGAACUCUUGGGCAACGCGGCAAGAAAUCAACUCGAAGGCUCCGAUGAUACUUCUGCUGCUGACAGCGCCACAUCUGACGCUGCUGUCAACACUGAACCAGACCACUCUGUCCUGAAGUUGAGUGUUUUGGUGGCUUUUCUACGCUUAUCCCUCGCCAGACUAUCGUCUCAGGUUCGAGAUUCGACCGAGACAAGUGCUGCUUAUGACGCGCAAAUCCAACAGAAAGACAAUGAGAUCGCUGCCAAGGCGCAACUCCUGAAGCAAAAGGGUCACGAGAUUUCGACCAAAGAAGAAGUCAUCGAAUCGCAGGAUAAAAUAAUCCUUGCUAGGGACAGCGAGCUUGCAUACCUGGAGAAGAAGCUCAAAGGCUAUGAAGGCACACCGGAACUGAGAGAGCAACAUGAUGAUCUCAAGAACCUGCUGAAAGAAGCAGAAGCCAAAGAGAAAAAGCAGGGUUCCCUGGUUGCUUCACUCAGAAAAGGGAUCGACAAGCUCAAGGAAAAGAGAGAUGACGCGCAGAAAGAGUUGGAAAAGGUACAAGCCUCGCAGAAGACAGUCCAAGAAACCGUUGCCAAUCAAGGGAAAGUCAUAAAGGCGCAAAAAGAGUCAGCCGCAGAGCUCGAAAAAACCAGAAACGACAAUGCUGGACUUGAGUCAAGCCUGAAGGAAAAGCAGUCCGAAUUGGAAGAAGCCUGCAAGUCGCGUGACGAAGCUCAGAAGGAGGUAGAAAGCCAAGAAAAGGACUAUAUGUCGAUAGUCGAUGAUCUCAACGAGACAAAUUGUGGUCUUCAACAGAAACUCGACAAGCAGGAAGAGGUCAUCCGACGCCGGACUCUGUCUCUGUCCGAAAUGGAGCAGCUCAAAGAAAAGACGGAGAAUCUUCAAGAAAUUAUCGAUGCGCAGAAGGCUAGUUUGGACGAACUCAUCAAGGACAAUGGGAAGCUUUCUGAUCUCAGCCAGACUAGCAUUGCUGCCGCGGCCUCUCUGGCCCAUUCCGCUGCCUCCAGCUCUGCGUCUGCUGGGGGAGAACCCUUCGCAUCGACAAUUCCUGUGGUUUCCUUGUCCGACUUCGAGGGCACAGUCGCUCCGACCGCGUCUUCACCCAUGGUUAUGCCUGGCUUCCUCGAUCAGGGGCGAGAGCAAGUCCAGACAGGGGGUCUCUUCAAAUUUGAAGAGAGUCACACUGGACCACGAGUCAACCUCAGUUUCUUGAGGGAUGGUGGCGGUCAUCAGACAUCGCCCGAGCCCACCACGAAUGCCGCUCACCUAGCCUUCCCUCGCGAAGGAGGAGGAAUCCUUUUCGGUGCGCCCCUGAGGAACGCCGAGGGCAUAGUGACGAGGCCGAUGACCCAAAAGGAGGAGGAGGAGUGGCGAAGACAGCGGGCAGGAGCACAACAGGAUGCCGCCCGAGACCCCACCACUCCAAACCCUGGUCUAAGAGAGACUACAGAGACACCGGCGUACAGCCAGGGGAGUGAUCUCGCUACGGGACCAAAUGGUCCCGAGGUUCCCGUUGAAGACAAGAGGGACGAUGGGGGUGCCACGGCCCUGGAUGAGUCCAAUGACGUUGUCGAAGAUAAGACGGAGGGUCAGCGACAGGAGAGGCUUAUGGUCAAUCUAUCUCAGAGGCGUGAUGAGACCAAGGAGGGGGCUGCAGAGGCCAAACGUGCCACUGACGUUGCCGAACGGUCCGAAGUUGGGCGGAAAGCUCUGAUGGAAAGCAAAUGGGCAAAGAAAUAA